AUGCGAGAAUUACACCGGUUCGAUCUUCCCUAUCUACUUAAUACCAGCUGAUAACUAUAUAGCUCCAUUUCCCGUCUGCGCGAUAUCAUUGGCUGCAAGAAGCCAAAGCAAAAGGGGGCAAAAAGUCAAAGGAUUUGCUGCCACAAAUGACACUGCCUUACAUAAACAUCAUGAUCCAACUACUUAACCCCCCAUCGAAUCAGUCAACCUCAUCUCCCUUUUACCCUAGUUCCAAGCCAUGUCGGACGUCGACUUCCUCCGUUCCAAGUUUCGUUUCUACCCUGACUUCCCCAAAAAGGGUGUAGCCUUCGCCGAUUUCCUUCCAAUCCUUCAAGAUCCGAUCGCAUUCGAAACCCUUAUCACCCAUAUCACCCACCACAUCACCUCUCAUACCAUUCCUAGCAUCUCCUCCUCUUCUACCAAGGGAAAGCCCCCUUCAUAUCAUCCCAACGGAAACGGUGUUGUCCGCAAUGGUCAUCCUCACGCCAACGGCGUAACCAUCACCAGUGGAAUAACACAUCCCACCACCAACAACAGCAAGAAAAUAGACGUGAUAGUGGCAUUAGACGCCCGUGGAUUCUUACUGGGACCCAUCAUAGCUCUCAGACUGGGCGCUUCUUUCGUUCCCGUUCGUAAGAAGGGCAAAUUACCUGGCGAAACUAUUAGCGUGGUUUAUCAGAAGGAAUAUGGCACGGAUUCAUUUGAUAUUCAGGUUGGAGCUAUCAAAGAAGGUGACAAUGUUAUCGUUAUCGAUGACGUCCUUGCAACCGGCGGCUCAGCAAAAGCAGCCGGUGACCUUAUAAGUGCCUGUGGAGGCAAAACAGUCGAGUACAUCUUCGUCAUCUAUGCCGCUUUCUUGAAGGGGCAUGAGAAACUUGAUGCCCCUGUCUAUAACAUCAUCGAGGUGAAUGAAUGA